AUGGGGAUUGUGCAGGUGGUGCUGCUGGUUAUUGUAGUUGGGUCAAUAGCUUUGGCGGUCUUGGAGUCGUUUUCCAAGGACGGAUAUUGGAAGGACUGCGAAGUGGGAGAGGAGAAGUAUUUUCGGACGAAUCCGAUCGCGAAAGGAGAAGCGGUGCAUGUCCAUGUUGUGCGCGACUUGGAAAUAAGGCAAGAGUCGAAUUCGGCGGCGAGCUUCAUUUCUAUAACAACGGAUUCAUCGACAAUUUCGGCGACCGCAGCAGCAGCGACCCCACAAAGGGUCUUUCAGGUGGAUGCUCCGGUGCUGGGAGCGGGAGGGUUUGUGUUUGAUGGGGAUAAUGUAACGACGUCGACCGUUGGGGCGAGUGCGGAUGGGACGACGGGGCAGGCGUGUAGUGUUACGUUGAUGGAGUUUUCUUUCGCGGAGAGUUUUGGGAAGCCUUUUGUUGGAAAUUAUACCCCGCCUGCUUGUAUGGGAAAUAGUAAUACGGUUAUGAUGAACUUCUCGGUUACGAGUAAAGGGACGCAGUUUGAUCGAUUGGCUAUUAUGUAUUUUGGUGACACUGAAGCUUUUCGAACCUCAACUGCGGAGCCGAAGAGGAAUGGUAUUACUUGGGAAUAUGUCAAGGACAUGUCACACAUGAUGUAUUUCUGGAAGACACCACAGAAAGUCAUUUUUGAUCUGCCGAAUCAAACGACUGCCAACCUCACAGGAGCAUACAAUACCACAUUAACAGCAACCUUCUUUACAGCGAAACAAGCUGUGUCUCCUGCCACUAUGAUCCUCCCAAUAUCAGCCCGCCUCGGCAUCAAUGCCUCUCAACCCAGCGAUUUCUCUCUUCCUGCAAGCAAUGCGACGAAUACCAUUUCCGAUUUUCCUAGGAAUGCCAAUCGUGCUAUAGUCACAUUGUCCACGACUGGCCAAGGGAAUGAAGAAUUUUGGUGGUCCAAUGCUCUCCAAUCCGAUGUCUUGACUUACAACGCUUCUGGCGGAACCUUGUUCGGCUUUUCUCCAUUCAGAGAGGUUCAGUUGCACAUCGAUGGUCAAAUGGCUGGUGUUCAGUGGCCCUUCCCGAUCAUCUUUACCGGAGGUGUCGUCCCAGCCUUUUGGUCCCCAAUGGUUGGUAUCGAUGCUUUUGAUCUCAAAGAGGCCGAGGUGGAAAUCUCCCCUUGGCUACCAAUGUUGUGUGAUGGAAAUCCUCACACCUUUUCGAUCAAUGUUGUGGGUUUGGAUGACAACGGGAGCACUUCAGCUACAAUGUCAAAGUCCGUAGGCAGUUCAUGGUUAGUUACAGGGAAGAUAUUCAUCUGGCAGGACGAUGCGAACUCUAUUACUACGGGCUCCAUGCCCACAGUAUCGGCUUCCGAUCCCACAGUUGCUGUCUCCCAAUCCCUUGCCAAAAACUCAACAGGAGCGAACGACACAUUACAAUACACUGUUUCCGUAUCUCGAAAAUUCUCAGUGUCUUCAACACUCACAACCCAGAACAGCUCCGUGACCAGUUCUUGGUCACAGACACUCUCACACACAGAUAACGGAACUUUCCUCGCAGGCGGCAACAUCCAAACGAACUUCAUCACGACAACAGGCCGAGACGUAGCAACAUUAGGAGCAGCAACUCCCUAUACAUGCGAAUACUCCUUCCCCAUGUUCGCAAACAGCACGGCCGUACAACUCCCCAACGGAACAACCACAUUCAACGCCACGAUCCAACGUACCAAGAUCAUGGAUACGAACGGGCGAGGCGUGGCCCCAAGCGGUCUCCAACCAUUUGCCGUGAUCCCCCAAUCUGCGGAUCUGGUGCUCACUCUAGCUGGGACAACGAGAGUGGAUUCUCAGAAUGGAACGGCGUUUUUGUUCUUGGAUAACAAUAAUGGGAACAAUUCGUUCAGUUUCGGGAAUACAGUGCAGAGUUUGAGGUUUGGGGGAAAGAGCGCAGCCGGAGCGCUGGGCAUGGAGCCGGAUGUUGAGUUGUAUUUUAGGAGUGUGGAGGUUAGUAAUGGGAGUACGGUGAGUGAUACGGAGAGGUUGGUGGGGAAGAGUACAGUGGGGAAUAAGGUUGUGAGUAAUGGAGUGGUGAGGAGAGUGGAUGCUGGGGUGGGGAGAAAUGCUCAGGGAGUGUUGAUGCCUGGGUUUGGUGGUGAUGAUGGAUGA